GUCGCCUGCCAGCAGCUGACAGCAGCAGAUCAGACCGAGGACACUUGAGGAAUGGCCUCUGAACGCAAUGAAUCCAGCUCAACCAGAAAUCUGACCAACCAGUUCGUGCAACCCGCGUGGCGCAUCGCGCUGUGGUCGGUGGCAUACAGCACCGUGCUGGCGGUGGCAGUUUUCGGAAACUUGAUAGUGAUUUGGAUUAUUCUGGCACACAAGCGGAUGAGAACUGUCACCAACUAUUUUCUGCUGAAUUUGGCUUUCUCCGAUGUCUCCAUGGCUGCCUUCAACACGCUCAUCAACUUCAUCUACGCGGCACACGGAGAGUGGUACUUUGGAGAGGUUUACUGCAGGUUUCACAACUUCUUCCCGGUCACUGCUGUGUUCGCCAGCAUCUACUCAAUGACCGCGAUAGCCAUCGACAGGUACAUGGCUAUCAUCCACCCUCUGAAACCCCGUCUGUCGGCAAAAGCCACCACAGGAGUUAUCGUCUGUAUCUGGAGUCUGGCCGUGGUUCUUGCCUUCCCUCUCUGCUACUUCUCCACCACCCGUGCUCUGCCCCGCAGGACCCUCUGCUACGUUGCCUGGCCCCGCAUGACGGACGACCCCUUCAUGUAUCAUAUCAUAGUGACAGUUCUGGUGUACAUGCUGCCCUUAGUGGUGAUGGGCAUCACUUACACCAUCGUAGGUGUGACUCUGUGGGGAGGGGAGAUCCCAGGUGACUCAUCUGAUAACUACCACAGACAGCUCCUUGCUAAAAGGAAGGUGGUAAAGAUGAUGAUCAUCGUAGUCGUGACCUUUGCCCUCUGCUGGCUGCCCUAUCAUGUUUACUUCAUGGUGACGGGUAUCAACAAGCGUCUGAGCAGGUGGAAGUACAUCCAGCAGGUUUACCUGUCUGUGCUGUGGCUGGCAAUGAGCUCGACCAUGUACAACCCCAUCAUUUACUGCUGCCUCAACAGCAGGUUUCGGGCCGGCUUCAAAAAGGCUUUCCGCUGGUGUCCCUUUGUCUACGCCUCAAGCUAUGAUGAACUGGAGCUCCGAAAAACAAGACUUGGACCAGGUCGCCAAAGCACCAUGUGCACCCUGUCCCGUGUGGACACCAGCAUCCUCAGCAAAAAUAAGAGCACCUGUUCCCUUGGACACAGACUCCACUCUGAGCCCGGUCAUAAAGACAGUUAGUUUUCUCCACUCGACACAGUGCAGCUCACUAGGUUUAUUUGGCACAUUACUUUAAGGUAAAAAAAAAUGCUGAUUGGACUGUAUUUGGUUGACUUAUAGAGCUGAUCAUUUUAAUUUAUUUACUUAACUCAGUUGGGUGUGAUGAACGCCUCAAAAAGUUUGAACUGUGAGGCACAUCUCCCCAAAUAUUUAGCCCGUUUAUUAAAAGCUGCAGCAGUUUGUGUGACACACUGGAAGCAUUAAGGCACCCAACACACAGACUUAACACACAUACUGUUGGAUCUUUGAUGUUGUCAGCAAACUAACAUAAAAAAAAACUAUACCUUUACUCUAUAUACUCUUUAUAACUGCAGAAGUUGUGCAAAGGAACUGCUAAAUGCUUAUUCAGCAUACUGUAACUUCAAUAGUGCCAGUAACAUGUACGACAAUCUUUGCUGAUCUGACACAUCAAAAAGAAAAUACUAUUAAUUUAAUAUUAAACUAUAUGCUUUAAUGUAACAUGCAAGUAUGUGAAUUUGCUUUAAUGCUCUACUCACGGUAUGUAUUUAUUUAAUGCCUUCAGACUGUUACUCAGUGGAUUGAAUGAACUGUAGGGUCAGUGUUAAUGCUGCUCUUACAUCAUUAUAAUGCCCUUGAAUCCAUCCAAGUGACCAGUUUUAAAUUAUCCUGGUUGGAUAUGAACUGCUUGCUGCUGUAAUUGUUGUUUCUCGUAGAAAGCGUGUGCCAUUUAAGCCAAGGAAAAAUCCACUUACUCUGGCCAAGUUACUGUACUACAGAGUUACUUUUUGUAUAUAAUAAGUGUUUGUACAGUAUGUUUUAUGAUAUUCUGAUGUUUGGUGCAGACUUAAACACACAUUUAACACACACACACAAAGUGAAUAUAGCCUUUAUGGUGAAUUUGUCUUUUAGUGUUGUUUUAGUGCUGUAAAAAUGUACAUUUUAAAUAGUCCGUUCUUCUCACAACACAGAUCACAGUUAUAGAGCUGUGGCUGCUCUUACUUUGUUCCACUUUCAGAAAUGUUUGGUUUAAUAUUGGUGCAGCUACAAGGACUGAAUUCAUCACAACUCUACAUCAUCAGUUUGUUAUUGUUUUCAUCUUGAAAAGAAACAACCAUUACAUUUAACAUGUAUUAAAGCCACAACAAAACUAUAAAAAAGUCUGUUUUCUUAAAAAUAAAAAUGGCGUGGUGUUCUGAGAGAAGUCAUUUGGAAAAAAAGCCUGCUGGGAAGUCUUCCAUAGAUUCACAUUGAAUCAAUGGUAAACAUGAGUUGAUCCCUCUGGGUGUGUGUGUGUGAUGCUUCACAAUGUGUCCGGUGCCUGCAGUACAGCAGCAAUAACCUCAUGCAAUUUGACCUAGAAACACAACCAAAUUUAAUUUACAAAAUAUAUUUUUAUUACUUUCAAAAGCAUGUAUUGUAAAUAAUCACCACAUAAUGUAAUUUACGGUCAUGCAGUUGCGUGUCUCUGCAAGAAUUACAAAUGAAGACAAUUCACUGUUUUACGUCAGGACGCAGAUAAUUCACUGUUUGCAAACUACUGUUAGUGUAGUUGUCACAUGCAAAGAUUCUCAAAGGUGAAUGUACGUAUAAACGGCUGUAAAAAGAGACAAUAGAAGAGUAAUUUAACCAGUAUAUAUGUUUAUAUAAAGCUCGACUCAUCGUAAAGCCCU